AUGACUCUAAAAGGAUGGCGGCUAAUACUAAACAAAGCUAUGUUUGUACCACAGCGUUAUAUAAUCGGUCUGAUGGGUUUAUUUGCCCUGGCCAACUCAUUCACAAUGCGUGUCUGCCUCAGUAUGACGAUAACCCAAAUGGUACUUCACGUAGCGCCAUCAGAACACAUUGUUGGUGAAACUUGCCCUGGUGAUGAUAUUGUGUCUGGUUCUGAAAUUUCGAGUAACGCUACUGUUUUAAACUCUGGUCGAGAACGCUACGAUUGGGAUGAAAAGACGCAAGGAUUUCUUUUAAGUGCGUUCUAUUAUGGCUAUGUACUGACCCACUUACCAGGUGGUCUUCUAGCUGAGAAAUUCGGUGGAAAAUGGACGAUAGGCGUUAGUCUCUUGUGCACAUCGAUUGCAACGGUUAUUACACCGUGGGCAGUAACUGUGGGAGGGGCAGUAGGUCUCUUCAUAAUAAGAGUUAUAGAGGGAGCUGGUGAGGGACCAGUGACUCCCGCAUUUGUUCUGUUGUUGGCCCGUUGGGUACCGCCAUCAGAAAGAUCCGUUUUCGGAGCUAUGAUAUUUGGUGGAGCUCAAGUUGGGAACAUUUUUGGACCGUACAUAUCUGGUGUACUUUUAGCCGAUGGUGGAGAUUGGGCUAACGUGUUUUACGUAUUUGGAGGACUUGGAAUCAUUUGGUUCGUGUUUUGGAUAUUCCUAUGCUACAGCACUCCCAAUUCCCAUCCGUUUAUAUCUGAUGAAGAGAAGAAUUAUCUGAAUGAACACAUCGUGGCAUCCGGCCUUCACAAGAAGUUGGAUCCGGUGCCAUUUGGGCAAUUGUUACGAUCUCCGCCUCUUUGGGCUCUCGUUUUAGCGGCGGUCGGCCAUGAUUGGGGAUACUUCACAAUGAUAACAGACCUGCCUAAAUAUUUCUCUGGAGUACUCAAAUUCAACAUCAAAGACACGGGAAUAAUGUCCGCCCUACCGUACAUUGCUAUGUACAUAUUUUCAUUUGUUUUUGCGUCUCUAUGCGAUCUGUGUAUACGAAGAAAAUGGCACAGUAUUACUACAGGAAGGAAGAUAUAUACUACAGUGUCAUCGACGAUACCAGCCAUAUUUAUUAUCCUCGCUUCAUACUCCGGAUGCGACCGCUAUAAAGCUGUGGGUUUCUUCAUAGCAUCCAUGGCUUUUAUGGCCGGUUUCUAUAGCAGCGUGAAGAUUAAUGCCAUGGAUAUUGCCCCUAACUACGCUGGUACCUGCUCAGCAAUGGUGAAUGGGUUGGCUGCGGUCUCCGGGAUCAUCACUCCAUAUUUAAUUGGAUUAUUGACGCCUGAUCAAACAAUAUCACAAUGGAGAGUAGCGUUUUGGACUGUAUUUGGCGUAUUAGUUGGGACCAAUCUCAUCUACCUAAUUUGGGGAUCAGGCGAGCCCCAAUGGUGGGACGAUGUUGAUAAAUACGGCUACCCCAGCGACUGGGACCAGGGACCACUCAAGAGAAGACCAGAAGACCCUGAGAAGAGCGAACAAACAAAAGACCACGCGCAAGAUUCUAAACAAUGA